GUUCCUCUUCAUUCCACUCUCAGCUUGAAGCUCGUGAUUCCGCAUUCCGGGAGGCGGGCAGGGGCUACAAAAGUCGUUGCCAAGCUCCUGAUCCGAGUAAAAGGCCUGCACUGCUUGGGACCGGCCGAACUUGCUGUUGCGGGCACCAGCGGUGGCAGCCAGCUUGUCAAGGUGCCGGUAACGCUGGAAUCUGGUCAAUCCCCUGGCAAAGAAAGAGAAUGCUCAUUGCAUUCUGAAGCAGAGGUACAAGGGCCUAGAAACAUCACUGCCAUUGACUCGCACAUAUCUCCUUUCAAUGCACCAGUCCCUUGCAAGAGCUCUGUUGCAGUUAAGCAGCGAUCAAGUGUCUUGACAGGAAAGAGGCUCAUUACAAAGUCGCCUAUUAGUUUGCUGGAACUGGACCAUAGUGCAUGAUCAGCCUUUAAUAAGAGCUCUCACCGGCCUAGCGGGUCGCUCGCACGAUGGUGGUGCGGCCCACCAUCAACGUAUAUCCGCUGGAGAACUACACAUUUGGGAGCAAGGAACCCCGCAGGGAGAAAGAUGCCUCAGUGGCAGAGAGGCUGCACCGUAUGAAAGACACGUACGCCACGGAGGGCAUGCGCACCAGUGUGGACGGCAUCCUGCUGGUGCAGCAGCACAAGCACCCCCACGUGCUCCUUCUGCAGAUUGGAAACUCCUUCUUCAAGCUGCCAGGCGGCCGGCUCAAGCCCGGCGAAGACGAGGUUGCUGGCCUCAAGCGGAAGCUCAGCAGCAAGCUGUCGCCGGAGGGGUCCGCUCUGAAGCAAGAGUGGGAGAUCGGAGAGUGCGCAGAGAUCUGGUGGCGGCCCCAUUUCGAGACGAACAUGUACCCAUACGUCCCGCCCCACAUCAGCAAGCCCAAAGAGUGUAAAAAGCUGUUCUUGGUGCCCCUUCCCGAAAAGUGCUUCUUUGCGGUGCCUAAAAACCUGAAACUCCUGGCAGUCCCCCUCUUCGAGCUGUACGACAACGUCCAAAGAUACGGGCCAGUGAUCUCCUCCAUACCUCAACAAUUGUCAAGGUUCAAUCUCAACAUGGUCAACUGAACCACCGAACAGCUCUAGCUCGGGGCUAAAUCACUUUGACAGCCAUCAAACUCUUCCUGCAUCAAGGAGACUGCAGCGUCAGCAGCUUGUUGGCCUUUUUUUAUAUAGAAAAGAUUACAAGUAUGCGAGCUGCCCACCAAUUAGGAGCUUGGUGCCAAGGCCGUGGUGCACGGCCGCCAUCUACUUGGGUACGCACGCCUAGCUAUGAGAAAGUCGCCAGGGAAGAAUUCAAGGGAGAGCGGUCGUGUCUUACAUUGUCAAUUGAAGUCGGACUUCUGAUAUCCAACUCAGUAGGAUUCACAGGUUCUCUGUGUGUCCUCGACCGCCGGGUGCCAGUCUGUCUGGUCAAUGCCACUGAAAGUCGUUAGCCAGUUC